AUGAUAAUUGUCUCAGGCUAUGCCCACUCGCUGGCACUAACAGACGAGGGAUUGCUUUACGCUUGGGGUGCAAACACAUAUGGACAACUGGGCACCGGCAACAAGAGCAACCAGCUGAGCCCAGUUCAGAUCAUGACUGAGAAAGAGAGAAUUGUAGAGAUUGCUGCCUGUCACUCCACACAUACAUCAGCUGCUAAGACUCAGAGUGGUCAGGUGUACAUGUGGGGCCAGUGCAGGGGCCAGUCUAUAGUGUUGCCUCACCUCACGCACUUUACCUGCACCGACGAUGUCUUUGCAUGCUUCGCCACCCCCUCAGUUAUGUGGAGGCUUCUUUCCAUGGAGCAUGAUGACUUCUUGACCGUGGCUCAGUCUCUGAAGAAAGAGUUUGACAACCCAGAGACAGCUGAUCUCAAGUUCUGCGUUGACGGCAAAUAUAUCUAUGUCCACAAAGCAGUUCUCAAAAUCAGGUGCGAGCAUUUCAGAUCCAUGUUCCAGUCCCACUGGAAUGAAGACAUGAAGGAGGUGAUUGAAAUAGACCAGUUCUCCUACCCAGUCUAUCGCUCCUUCCUGGAGUUCCUUUACACAGACAAUGUAGAGUUGUCACCUGAGGAUGCUAUUGGGCUACUGGACCUGGCCACGUCGUAUUGUGAGAACCGCCUGAAACGUCUGUGUCAACAUAUUAUAAAGAGGGGAAUCACUGUUGAAAACGCCUUCUCCCUGCUGUCUGCUGCUGUGCGCUAUGAUGCAGAGGACCUGGAAGAGUUCUGCUUUAAGUUCUGUGUGAAUCACCUGACCGAAGUGACCCAGACUGCUGCUUUCUGGCAGAUUGACGGCAACCUGCUCAAAGAUUUCAUAUGUCGAGCCAGCCGCUGUGGAGCCUUCAAAAACUGACCUCAAGAUGAUUAUAGACACACACAGGAUGCUGUGCUACUCCAGGAGUGACUUCUCAAAGGACUUCAUCACUGCCGGUCACCUCUGCGUACCUUCACUGACCAGUGGUUACACAUUGGAAAUCUUAAGUUUAUCACAUCGCUGUCAAAUGGUCAUUCCUCUCUUUCCAGACUAGAACCAGUGUGUCCAUUACUUGAGCUGUACAUACUGAAAUUACGAGGCUGAGCUGACAGGCAGCAGUAUCAUUACACAGUCAACAGAGAGUAGUUUCGCCAUGGUGCUUCACUGCCUAUUCAUUUACACACACUGUGCUAUCGCUUAAGUUGUUUCUAUUGACCUGAAAGAUUCUUGCCUGUUAUUGCAUUACUUGUGACCAAGUUCCUCCUUUAGUGUUUGCACUUGUUUUAAACAUUUUUGAUUAUGAAUUUGUUCCUCCUAACUAGAAGACCACAUCACGUCUGGAUGUGUAAUUUGGAAUCACGGUUUUCAGGUUGAAGUACAGGUUGCACUUGAAGAUGGCAGCAUAUAACAGGUAUUUAGUCUUAGUCUGUUUGGGUAAAACUCCUGUCAGCAAUUAUUAGUCCUAGUGCCUGCAACGCCGAGUUCUUCUGUCUAGGUUGUGAGACGAAAGAAAGUAUUAUUUUGUGCAGCUACAUUUCCAUAACAUAAAAAAAGCUUCUUUAGUUUGUCUAUUUUUCGCACACUAAACAAUUCAGUCGGUGUUAACUGGCAGUUAAACUUGCCUGGUUACUAGCUGAAACAAAAGUAUGGAGCCAUUAAAAGUCUGUUUACAGUAAGGCAUGUGACCUUGCAGAAGCUUAAGUUGUGUGGGUCUGGAUUUUUAAGGACACCUUUUCACCCACAUGACAUGUAUCUACUGUAUUUUGGAAACAACAUGUAUAUUUUUAAGAUAAUUUUAUUGUAUAGUGACAGCUGCAGAGAGAGAGAGAGAGAGAGGAAGAAACACAAUAGGCAGGAGAGAGAGGGGUUGACAUGCAGCAAAGGGCCCCCGGGUGGACUCAAACCCUGGCUGCUGCAGUAAGGAACAGGUAAGCUACCGGGGCCCCCCGGAAAACAAUAUUUUACAGUAUUAACAUUUAAAAAGUGGUUUAGAGACAUCUGCACUACUGCUGUGAGUAUUUUGAAGAACAUGUUUGCUCAUUUCUAUGCAGGACAUUUCUACUAUUUCUAAUUAUGGCUAUUGAUUGAUACUGUGUAUUAUAAAGCCAGUCAGAUUUUGUGACUAUUGCAAGCAAAUGAAUAAAAUAAAAAGACCUGUGA